AUGGCCCAUUACUACUUUCCUCUUCUCCAAGUCGAGAAUCAGUUAGCUAUAACAAAACCGUAGCUACUGAUAGUCUCAUCGCUUCUCUUAGCAAUGGAGUUCGUUCUCGAAGAAGGCAAACAACUCAACGAAGACUGCUCAAAUCUAAUUCUGCCUGCGUUAUCGAUCGGAAAUGUAGGCCAGCUAGCUGUUGACCUUAUCGUAUCGUCAACUGGAGCCGAAACAGUCGGAUAUUUGGACGAUCCUUUCGUGCUUCCGUGUGUCGGCAACGACGCUUAUCGGCCGAGUCCACGAGGCGAUCUUGCUCUGCCUCUUCAAGCUUAUGAGUCAUCGUCUAGUGGACUGACUCUUGUGCAGCAAAGAUCUCCCGUUGUUAAGGGGAUGAUGAUUGAAUAUGCUAAGAACUUGGCAGACUUUGCUGUUGCUAGUGGAAAAAAACAUGUUGUUGUGCUUUCUGGCUUAGACUUUGGGAGGUUGCAAAGAAUUGAUAUGUCAAGUGGUCUGCAGAUAUAUUACUUAUCUAGCAGCAAUGCUGAUGGGACAGAUGACUACUGUGAACAACUUGGAUGGAAAAGACUGCAGGAAUACAACCCACACCAGAGAUGUUGGGAAUAUCUUAGCAGUUUAGCUGUAGGAGACACUGUCCAGGACAGUAGUUUGCCAGUUGAAGAUGAAUUGGAAGAAGAAGACUACUAUCCAAGUUUGCCAUUUGCUGCACUAUUUUCAUGUUUCAAGGCCCGUGGUUUGAAGGUUACAUGCUUGUUGUAUUAUUGUUCAGAAGGGGACAAUAUGUCUGAUGCUUUCCACCUGGCUGAGGCAGCUAGCAAACUCUUGAAGUUGAAUCCUGACAAUUUUCAUGGUGAUAAUGGUGAGAAAUGGAUGAUCCCAUUUUCGUGGAUGACUGUCUAUGGACCACCUCCAGAUAUGUCCAUCUUUUAGGUGGGACACAGUUGAUAGUCCAAAUGAAGUGUAAUGUUUAACAUAGACAUAGUCCUGGCUUUGGUGAGUGUUCUCCUGGUUUGUACUCUGAAAACGUUUAGUGUAAUUUGGUAGAGAGAAAGGACUUAAAUUUUAUUGGAGAAGAAUAGAUCAAGUUGAUUUAUUUUAGUUAGUUGUAUAUUCGUAAAACAAUUUUCUUUUGGGUUGAAAAUCGAAUUUAACUUUCAGA